AUGACCUCCUCCAUAUCAGACAUUGAUCCAUAUGUGGUGCUGGGAGUCCAGAAAGAUGCGACCCUGGCUGACAUUAAAUCCGCCCAUCGCAAACUGGUGCUGAAGUGGCACCCCGACAAGGUCAAGGACGAAAGCCAACGAAGUCAGGCUCAAGAUGAGUUUCAGAAGGUCCAACAAGCCUACGAACUUCUCUCCGAUGAGACAAGAAGGGCCAAAUAUGACAACAAAGUUCGUCUUGCGGAGCUUCGACGAGAGAUGAUGGCGCGCGGCGGGAAUCCCAACGGUUCAUCCGCGCGAAGCAAUGGUUCUGGUUCCAGCGGGCCCCGCGAAUACCGCAAUGGGCGGAUCUACGAAGAAAGAACUCCGGCCGAUGCGACCAACUUCUACGAGGAGGACGGCUUGGAUUCCGACGGAACACGGCCGACAGCUCGCAAGUACGAUGAAUACGGCAAGCGACGGACCAAGGUGGCGGAAGAGAAGAAGAAGGCGAAGAGUGUCCCCCUAAGUGCCGCCCGCGCCGCGAAGGAGAUGCUUCGGGACAACGUCAAGACGACCCACUCGUCUCGCGACAAGUACCGUACCAAGGAACGCAAGCGGGAUGCCUACGACAAGAGCGCAUCAUCCUACUACGUACGAGUCAAACGGCCCUCAGAGAAACGAAGCCGGGAGUCGUCCACACGCAAGGCUCGACCAACUGAAUCAACCCGUCGCCCGGAGCCUGCACGUUACGAAUCGGAGGAUUACUCAGAUCGCAGGGAGUCGAAGCAUGAGAAGAUGCACACUACCGCGCGCGAUUACAUCCUACGAUCCAAAGGAACCGUUCCUAUUGAAAUUGAUCGAAGGGCACAGGCAUCUCGGUCGCCUCCUCGUCCUCACGCUUACGAUUCAGCCGAUCCCGAGUCCUCUUCCUCCCGGCGCUCGAAUCGAUCUAAUCGGCCUAGCAAAGAAACUGUGCGAAGCUCGAGUUCCCGCAACAACUCUUACGAGCAUAUUGAGUCCCAGUCUCGACCCUAUGACGCCAAGGUCCCCAGCAUGCCCACAGCUGCAACAUCGCCAGCUGUCAAAGUAUCCUCGUCAAUCCGGCCUUCCCUUCAAUCUUCACGAUCUGCAUCCACUGCGCAGUCCCAUUCCCGACCGAAGACCUUAGGUCGUACGGAGCAGUUCCUUCUGCACAUGGUACACGACGGUAACUCUCGGACGACGAAGCUCCGAAAUACAGACAAAUAUGAUUCCGGGUAUUCUAGUCCGGGAACACCGGACUUACCACCUGGAGAGAGCCCGAUGAAGACCAGAUACAAGAUCGUGACAGAGCCUGGUACAGUCCUGGUGGAGCCGAGCAUGCCGCCACCCCACGCGUCCUCAAGACAUGCAAGGGGGCACUCGCCGCCUCGACAAGAUCGUUCGGGGUCAAGCCGUCCUAUGCCAAAACCAGUCCGCAGCAGUACUUAUGCUUACCCAGCGGAGUAUUCGGGUCGCUAUGAGUCGUCAUCUCGACCUAGUGCCUCCAGGCAGUCUUCUUCGCGACCCCUCUACGGUGAGGUGGAAUACACCCGUAGCAAGGAUCGUGAUUACAAGUAUGCACGCGAAAUUGGGCCCGAGCAUAUCCCCCAUUCCGGUCGCGAUGCCUAUUCCCGACGCAUGGACGAAUAUCCGCAUCCACCGAUAGGCAGACGUCAAUCUGCUUACGCUCAAUAA